AUGGAACCAAGAGCGCGAGUGGGUAAAAAUAGAGGGCAACAAAGCUUUUCUGAUCUAGAAUUACAACAGUUUCUCUUUGGACAUGGCGAUGUUGCUCAGUCGCUUGAACCUACCAAGCGUAUUUUGGACGAACUUCUCACCGACUUUAUCACUGAACUUUGCUUCGAGGCGCAUCGAUCAGCAUUCAUUUCUGGGCGGCAAAAGAUCAAGUUAGAAGAUAUAAAAUUCGCAUGCCGAAAGAAUCCAGCAUAUCUUGGGAAGAUAAAAGAGGUGCAGGACAAGAAAGCUGAAAUCGAUGCAGCUCGAAAGUUGCUGGAUCAGAAUGAUGACAAGAUCACGAAAUCUAACGUUAAGGCCCUCGAAGAAGCGCCAUUAGGUGAGGCAGAUGAUGAUAUCGACAUUGAUAUUCAAGGACAACGCGGCAAGCCCAAUGGAUUUUACAAAUGA